AUGAGGAAGAAGGAUGAGAUGCAGGACUUGAGUGAGAUUGUCACCCCUGAAGCCUCCACUUCCUCCUCCUCCCCUUCCUGCCCUGGCCUCUGGCCCCACCAAUGGGCUGGGAAAGGGGAAAUUCUUGAGUUGAAAGUCCAUGAGGUGGAACGUGUUGGGCUGUGGCUGCUGGGUCCCUGGUGCAGUGUCUGGAGACAUGCCUGGGGCCAGCGGUGGCCCCAGGGCCUGGGGGUGCCUGGUGUUGCUGUACCAAACCCAGUGACAGAUCUCAGGAUGCAGGACAGGACCAACAGCUCCAUCACAUUGACCUGGACAGCACCCCAGGGCCCAGACCAACCACCCUACACUUACUGGGUCCAGUGGUUGAGGGAAGACAUAGAAGGAACUCAAAACACCACAGACCCUAGGAUCACAGUGAAUGAUUUGCAGGCUGGGACUCUGUACACAUUCACUGUCUGGGCAGAGAAGAAUGGUGUCAAUGGUACAAAUCAGACGAUUAAUGAAUCUACAGACUUCAUGCAAGUAACUCAAAACACCACAGACCCUAGGAUCACAGUGAAUGAUUUGGAGGCUGGGACUCUGUUCACAUUCACUGUCUGGGCAGAGAGGAAUGGUGUCAAUGGUACCAAUAAGACGAUUAAUGAAUCUACAGUUCCCAAUACAGUGGAAAGUCUCAAAAUUCAGGAUCGGACCAACAGUUCCAUCACCUUGAACUGGGCAGCACCUCUGGGCCCAGCUCAACCACCCUACACCUACUGUGUCCAGUUGCAGAGGGGGAAUAUGGAUCUAGGAAUUCAACAGACCUCAGAUUCCAGGAUUACAAGGAAUGACCUAAAAGCUGGGACUCUGUACACCUUCACUGUGUGGACCCAGAGGAACGGGGUCAGCAGUGAUAACAGCACCCUCAUUGAAGCUACUGUUCCCAACGAAGUCAUAGAUCUGCAGAACACAACUCAGACCAAGAAUUCAGUCAGGCUGAACUGGAAGCCCCCCACAGACACUCACACUCAGCUCUACGUAUACUGGAUCCAGUGGGCCAGUGGAGGACAGCCCCAAAAGAAGAGUGAUCCCUUAGGAGAUAAGAUCAACCAGACAGGCAAGACCAAUGAGACUUGGUACGUAGUGAAGGCCCUAGCACCUGGGACUCUGUACAACUUCACUGUGUGGGCAGAGAUGAACAACGUUUCCAGUUCCACACAGAGUCUCCGUGCAUCCACAGCACCUGACCCCGUCACCAUAAUGUCCUGCAUGAGUACCUCGGAUGGUUACGGGGUUAUCCUGACCUGGUCCUGCCCCUCAGGAGGUUAUGAAGUCUUCAGCUUGGACGUGGGUGGGCAGCACUUCCAGGACAGUUCCAUGUGUGGGGAGACAGUGACCUUGUUGGGUCUGCAGCCAGCUCGGUCCUAUCCAGCUAUUGUCACAACAGUGUGGGAUGGAAUGAGGGCCCCCUCAGCCUCCAUGACCUGCUAUACUGAGAGUGCAGGGGUCAUCAUCGGUGCCAUUGUGGGAGUUCUCUUGUUACUCAUCCUUGUGGUCCUCCUGGUUUUCUUCCUGAAGAAGAGGAAUAACAAGCACAAGGAGAAAUUGGCAUCUCGGGAUCUGGCCUUCAGUUUCCCAUUAGAUAUCCUGGUUGAAGAUUUUGCUGAUCAUGUCAGAACAAAUGAGAAGGAUAGCAACUGCGGUUUUGCAGAGGAAUACCAGCAACUUGCCCUGGAGGGACAUGACCAGCUGCACAUAGUGGCCUCAGCUCCAGAGAACAACACCAAGAACCGCUACAAAGAUGUGUUUCCCUAUGACUGGUCCCGGGUGCCCCUGAAGCCACUCCAUGGGGAGCCAGGCUCUGACUACAUCAAUGCUAACUUCAUUCCUGGUCUCUGGAACUCCCAGGAAUUCAUCGCAGCGCAGGGCCCCCUGCCUCAGACAAUAGGUGACUUCUGGCGCCUGGUGUGGGAGCAACAGAGCCACACCCUGGUCAUGCUGACCAACUGCGUGGAGUCUGGUCGGGUGAAGUGUGAACAUUAUUGGCCUCUGGAUUCUCAGACCUGUACCCAUGGGCAACUGCAGGUGACGUUGGUGGAGGAGGAGGUGACAGAGGACUGGACUAUUCGGGACCUAAAGCUCUUCCAUAUGGAAGAGCAGAAGACUCUAUCUGUACGUCAAUUCCACUUCCUGGCUUGGCCUGAUCAUGGCGUCCCCCACUCCCCAGACCCCUUGCUGGCCUUCUGGAAGGUUCUUCGGAAGUGGCUGGACCAGAAUAUGGAAGGAGGGCCACCCAUUGUACACUGCAGCGCUGGCGUGGGACGCACUGGUACCCUCAUUGCCCUGGAUGUCCUGCUCCGGCAGCUGAUGCGUGAUGGUCUAGUGGGGCCUUUCAGCUUUGUGAGAAAAAUGAGAGGAAGCCGACCCUUGAUGGUUCAAACUGAGGCCCAGUAUGUGUUCCUACACCAGUGCAUCCUUCGGUUCUUGCAACAGUCUCCCCCAGCCUCAGUGGAGAAGGAGGUCAUGUAUGAGAAUGUUAAGAAUAUACUCUAUGAGAAUGUGGCUGAAAUCCAGGACCAGAAAUGGGCGGCCUAG